UGAGGAUGCAGCACCAGGAUGCAGGAUCCUCCUCCUCCUCUGAAAACUGGAGGAGCAUCUUCUCCCUCUGACGUCAUGACAGCAGCAUCAGCUGUUAGCUCUGCUUUAAGCCUUUUCGCUGCCGAUCGCUGCCUGCACAAAGGAAAUAUAUGAGAUCCCCUCUAAUCCCUGAAAUGGCGACACAGGAGGUACAGCUGAACGAGACUCUGACCCAUCUCAAAACGGAAUCGGAGACACUGAAGUCGAAGCUGGAGGAGGAAAGAGCGAAGCUGCACGAUGUCGAGCUACAUCAGGUGGCAGAGAAGGUGGAGGGGCUGGGUCAGUUUGUCAUGAAGACCCGAAGAACUCUGAAGGGACAUGGCAACAAAGUUCUGUGUAUGGACUGGUGUAAGGACAAGAGGAGGAUCGUCAGCUCCUCACAGGAUGGAAAGGUGAUUGUAUGGGAUGCUUUCACUACCAACAAGGAGCAUGCUGUGACAAUGCCGUGCACCUGGGUGAUGGCUUGUGCCUACGCCCCCUCUGGCUGUGCUGUAGCUUGUGGGGGCCUGGACAACAAAUGCUCAGUGUAUCCUCUGUCUCUGGACAAGAAUGAGAACUUGGCUGCCAAGAAGAAGUCAGUGGCCAUGCACACAAACUACCUGUCUGCCUGUAGCUUCACCAACUCAGAUAUGCAGAUCCUGACGUCCAGCGGGGAUGGAACAUGUGCAUUAUGGGACGUUGAGAGUGGGCAGCUGUUGCAGAGUUUCCAUGGACACGCAGCCGACGUGCUCUGUCUGGACCUGGCCCCCUCUGAGACUGGAAACACGUUUGUUUCAGGGGGCUGUGAUAAGAAGGCUAAUGUGUGGGACAUGCGUUCAGGACAGUGUAUUCAGUCCUUUGAAACUCAUGAAUCAGACAUAAAUAGUGUGCGAUACUAUCCCAGUGGAGAUGCAUUUGCAUCUGGCUCAGAUGAUGCUACAUGCCGCCUGUAUGACUUAAGGGCAGACAGAGAAGUGGCUAUUUAUUCCAAAGACAGCAUCAUAUUUGGGGUCUCCAGUGUGGAUUUCUCUCUCAGUGGACGGCUACUGUUUGGCGGCUACAACGACUACACCAUAAAUGUUUGGGAUGUUCUCAAAGGAACACGGGUCUCUAUUCUGUUUGGACAUGAGAACCGUGUCAGUACACUGCGUGUUUCCCCAGACGGGACGGCCUUCAGCACAGGUUCCUGGGACCACACUCUUCGGAUCUGGGCUUAAGGAUAAAGACACAGAGGAUUAAAGGGUAGACAGACUUACUGAAGACACACCAAUGUUUCUGUUUGCUAGAGUACAAUCACAGAGAUAGAGACUCAGUUUUGUUUGUACAUAGGGCAUAUCAAUAGCACUGUAUAUACUCCAGUCUCAUGGCCAGGGUAGAUUUCCAUAUUUCAGAGCGUAAUUAAAUCAAACAGCACGCUUGUAUUACGGUAUAAUUGAAAGAAAAUUGCACAGAAGUACUUAUGGUUACAACUUAACUUGUAAAAUGUAUAUUGCAGAAAAUAACAUUGGUAGUGACUAGCAUCAGUCUAGGAUAGAAGUGACACGAUAAAGUGAUGUAUUGUAUGUGCCCACAUAAAGGACAUUACUUGUUAAUUAAUUUGGGUUUUUUUGCACAAAAAAAUGGUAGAAAGCACUCUGUGGAAGAAAAUGGGAUACAAGGAAACAAAAUACAAAUGCAGGAGAAGCAGUACAGUUUAUAUUAAGACCUCAGCUUCACUUGGCAAGACUUAUUCAUGCCACAGACUGAGAAAAGCGAGAAGGGAGGAUGGGCAUUUGUGGAUUCUCUGUAAAUGAAAAAUGUUAGAAUAUGGAUGAAUAGAUUGGCUUGUAGAAAUGAAUCAAUAUUAGUUAGUCUGAAGCCAAUGAAGGAGUACUAGCAUAAAAUAUUAUGAACAAAAGUACAAUUUGUAGUUGAUUAAACAUGGAAAUAGACAGUAAAUUAAUGUAUUAUUAAUUAAACACCAUGUGCACCCAACAAAACUUCUCCAUUCUUGACAGCAACUCACCUGCCAAUAUUAUUCUAAUGUAAAGAAAGCACAUUUACAGGUAAACCCAAAAUACAUCAUGUUGAUUUUCCAUCCCUAUGAUUUUAAAAUAUGGUCUCAUUUCUGUUUGUUUCCAGCGAUGGAAGCCACUUCCUGCUCUUUAUGCACAUUCAGUCACUGCCAACACCCUGAACCUGUGGUUCCCCCCUAGAUAUCUAAGUACUAAUAUAUAAAAAAAUGGUUAAAUUCUUCGAAUGUACUCCUUUUCAUGCAGUUGUCCAAUAGCUGUAAUUUCAUAUUUAUUGUAAUUAUUUUAUUGUAGUUUAGUGUACAGUUAUACAAGGGACUGUUUAUCAAACUAUUGCAAACAUAAUAAAUUGAGUUUUGAAUAUCA